AUGCCUCGAGAUAUCGCUGGGUUGAAGUAUCUAUCCAAUGCGCUUGCGACUGCAGAACAAUUGACCAGCUCCUCCUCGGCCAUCGAUAGAGUUCCAAGUGACCUGGAGACGUCCAUUCGUUUCGCGGGAACUCAGCUUACCCAGGCUGCGGGGGUUUUGCUGCGACUAUCCCAAGAUAUCAUAGCUCAGGCCAUUGUGACCUUUACACGAUUUUGGUUAGGACAAGACGGGGGAAGUCUCCGGAUUUACUCCGCAAAGGAUGUCUCCGCCGCCGCUCUCUAUAUGACCGCUAAGCUAUCAUUUCAACCAACCUCCCCGCGAUCCGUUCUGAAUGUCUACACGUUUCUCUUAUCCCGAGAGGCGUCGCCGCUUUGGUUCGUGAAUCCAAAAGGAUCGCCCGAUAAAGCUGUGCCCGAACAGUAUCACCUUACAGAGGGUGGCUACCAAGCCCAACGUCUAAUCCUCCUGCGCAUCGAGUCGGUCAUUCUACGCUCAUUGGGUUUCAAUACACAUGUGGCUUUGCCCCACACAAUCACCCUGACAUACCUCCAAACACUAGGCGUCUCGUCGGCUGCGGUUGCAAAAAGAGCUUUCGAGCAUCUCAACUCCGGCCUUCUCUCCCCGCAGCUUCUCUAUGUCACGCAUCAACCAAAUGCCCUUGCGGUAGCCUCCAUCUACUUAGCGGCUCGAGAGACAGGAGUUAAACUCGUCGAUGGGGACUGGUGGGAGGUCUUUGAUGUGGACCGGGAGGACCUUGGGUUUUUGGUAGUCGCAAUGCAAAGUAUGGAGGGGUUUGCACGGGCAGAGAUCGAAAAGUGGAAGGGUCGCAUUCUUCCCUUGGAUAUUGAACAGGUUGAUUCGGAGAUUGAGCGGAGACAAAUGCUGGAGGCUGGAGAGUGA